GCUAACCCGCGCUAUAAAAUCCAAGUCCUUCGCUUCCAUGUUCUCCCAAUCUUGGUCUUGUCCCCGAUAAUUUCCUCCCACCGCUCCGAUUCCAUUUGCUCGCGGGCGGUUCUGGAACCUUCUGGAACGGGCCCAGAGGGCGUGGUGCGCACGCCUUCCCCGAGCACGGCGAUGGCCACCGGCGCGGGCGCCGCCGUCUCAGGGCCAGGGACCUCGUCGUGGUCGGAGAUGUUGCCGGAGAUCAUCGGCUGCGUGCUCCGCAGGCUCCCCGCCGCCUCCGACCGCGCCGCGCUCCGCUCCGUGUGCAGCUCGUGGCGCGCCGCCGCGCGGUGCUACCCGCCAUCCUCGCGGCCGCUCCCUCUGAUCCUCUGCCCGGGCUUCACGUUCGCCAGCCCAUUCGCGGUUGGCGACGCCAUGGCCUCCGCCGGUCACCGCCUACCGCUUCUCGGCACGCCGCUCGAGAUGGACGCCUACUGGGGCAAGUGCGUCGGCUCUUUCGAAGACUGGCUCGUUUGCACCCGGCUCUGUCGGUCCACCCCGCCUUGUUCCUGGAUGGGUGCUGAUGAUUGCUGCUUCCUGGUGAACCCUUUCUCCAGCGAGGCCAUCUAUCUGCCGAGACCGUGCGCUGCCCAUUCAUUCGGCACCAUUCAGAUCUCUGUUCCUCUCUGUAAUGGCAAUGGCAAUGAUGAGGUCGUGUGCACUAUCCAUGCUCCUGAAUAUGCAAUGGCACUCUGCAAGGUGGUUCUCUCCGCGCCACCUGAGGCUGGGGCGAACUUUUUCGCCGAGCUAAAAGUCGGUUCCAGUUGCAUCAUCGCUGCAAUCUCCCAGAAAGUUGGGGAAUAUAAGCUUGCCUUCUGCAGACCAGGAAUGCUGUCAUGGUGCAUUUGUGAGGGCAACUGCAUCAAGAGGUAUAUCGACAUCGAGUUCUUCCAGGGGAAGCUCUACUUGGUGAACAUCAGCAACGGAGAUCUCUUUGUCUUUGAGUUCGGAGCACAUGAUUGCUUUCCAGUUGUAUCUCGUGCCGAGCAUUGCCUGAUUGAGAAGCUGCCCCUGAUUGAUGGUAGUGAUCGGCAAAAUUACAAUCUCGUGCAGUCUGACGGGAAACUGUUGCUAGUUGUCAGAUACUUCACAGGAAGCUGCAACCAAUUUACUGGAGUUAGAGUCUUUGCAUUGGAUUUCAACUCAGAUCCGUGGAGAUGGAUAGAGAUGAAGGGCUUGGAUGGCAAGAGUAUUCUUAUCAGUUCAUCCUGCAGCAAGUCAUUCCCUGCCUCUGAGUAUGAUGAGAUUGAAGACGACCACAUCUACUUUCUUGAUUACUUCUGCCCCAGUUUCUUCCCUAAGGCGCUGGACAACUAUGCUUAUCGUUCCCAAGUGUACAGCAUAAGAGAUGGAAGGAUCAAUCCUUUUUUGAUUGGGAAAGGACCAAUGCGCAAUAAGGGGUUUCCCAUGUGGUUCUGUCCUUCUCAGUGAAAUGCUGCAGCACAAAUGCUAGCGUAUCUGGCUUUGUGAAUCAGAAAGGUUGCUCCUGGAGAUAUGUCAUGGAAGUGGGAUCCUUAAUAAGCAGCACUACACCUGUUAUUUUCUGUAUGAAUAAUGCUGCAUAAAUAGUGUAACUUUCGGUAACCUGGAAUGUUCUGCAUAGGUUCUCUCGCCUUUUGUGCAAAACUAUUGGCCUUUUUCCCAGGGCAAAUGUCUGGAUGUGCAGUGAGUUGGUAUUAGAACUAGUCAACAUGUACAUAAUCUGGCAUUGCUUGUACAUACAAAUUUGUUGUGUCACUGUUCAUAGUUUUGAAACGCAGUUCUCUAUUGUUGUA